GUGGUUGUGUCAUAAUUCUUAUCAGCUGUGAUUGGCUGUUUGUUGAAUUGUUCUUUGGAUGGACUUUGAAUUAUUAAUACCUAUCUGCUUUCGAACUCGCUCACCUAGUGAUCAAGAAAACCAGUUUUAAAAGCUGAAAUCUUAAAAUUUUAAGGCUAUUGCUUGGUAUUAGUUCGGUGACAGCACAGUAAUGUUAUUUUAAUAUCUUCGAUUUCUAUUUACAGAGUUAUUCAAAAAUGUCUGAAAACAGCAGCCCGAUUAAAUAUUUUUUAAGUGGUGGUUUUGGUGGUAUUUGUACAGUUCUAGCUGGACAUCCAAUGGAUACUGUAAAAGUAAGAUUACAAACUAUGCCCUUACCAAAACCUGGUGAGUUACCUUUGUACCUUGGAACUUUGGACUGUUUUAAAAAAACUAUUCAAAAAGAAGGUUUCCGAGGUCUUUAUAAAGGCAUGUCAGCGCCACUCACUGGUGUAGCACCAAUAUUUGCUAUCAGCUUUUUUGGUUUUGGACUUGGUAAAAAAUUGAUUAAGUCUAGUGAUGACCAAGUUUUAACAAAACCACAACUAUUUCUUGCUGGUGCAUUCUCAGGGAUUUUUACAACCUCUAUCAUGGCUCCAGGAGAAAGAAUAAAAUGUUUACUUCAAAUUCAACAAGGUGGUAAUGUACCUCAGAAGUAUUCUGGCAUGGUAGACUGUGCCAGACAGCUAUAUGCAGAGGGUGGUGUCAAAAGUAUUUACAAAGGGAGUGUUGCCACCAUACUAAGAGAUGUACCAGCCAGUGGUAUGUACUUUAUGACUUAUGAAUGGGUGAAAGAGGUGCUUGUUCCAGAAGACUCCAGUGCUAAAAUGAAAAUGUUUGCCACAAUAAUGGCUGGGGGAUGUGCUGGUAUAGCUAACUGGCUAGUCGGCAUGCCUGCAGAUGUUUUAAAAAGUAGAUUACAAACUGCUCCUGAGGGUACAUAUCCAAAUGGCAUGAAGGAUGUUUUUAAGCAAUUAAUGGAAAGAGAAGGUCCUACCGCAUUGUAUAAAGGAGUUACACCUGUAAUGUUGCGGGCCUUCCCAGCGAAUGCCGCCUGCUUUGUUGGGUUUGAAUUAGCAAUCAAAUUCCUAGACUGGGUUGCACCCAAGCUCUGAUAUUGAGUGAUGUUCUAUGGAAUAGUGAAAUUGUGCAUGUACUAAGUAGAUAUAAGAAAAAUUUUAAAGACUUCCAUUUAAGUGUAAUCCAUAUUUUUACAGUUUAUUUAUAUUGUUGAUGAAUAUUAUUAUUUUGCCAUUUUACAUGACACAAAUAAAGCAAUCAUAUUUUUCUUAUUUUUAUUUUGCAGACAAUAUAUUUUGUAUAAAUUAAAGACAUAGAUAGUUGUUGUUUAAAAAUAUUGUAAUAAAAGCCUAAAGUGCCUUUU